AUGUUCAACCUCCGCUCCGCCUACAUGGUGGUCUGGGCCAUCCUGUUAUGGCUCACCGUCGCUCAUGGCAUGCGAGACAGCCUAGUCAAAGAACUAAGACAAGAAACUGAGCGUAUGUUCUUCCAUGGCUUCGAGAACUACCUCCAAUACGCGUUUCCCGAAGACGAAUUACGCGCCCUGACAUGCGGCCCUCUUGUUCGCGACGAGAAGAAUCCGGAGAAUAAUGACGUGCUUGGGAAUUAUUCUCUGACCUUGAUUGACAGCUUAUCGACGCUGGCCAUCCUAUCCUCGAGCCCGGACAGUGGGGAGCAAGCCUUGGCACAUUUCCAGGAUGGUGUCGAGAGCUUUGUUAGACUUUAUGGUGAUGGCUCGGAUGGCCCUGCUGGUCAGGGUGAAAGGUCGAGGGGAUUUGAUCUGGAUAGCAAGGUACAAUUGUUUGAAACUGUGAUUCGGGGACUGGGCGGAUUGCUCAGUGCCCAUCUUUUCGCCGUCGGCGAGCUACCCAUCACCGGAUACGAGCCAUCAGAACGGGAAGUGGCAUUCGCUAGCGCAUGGGAUAAAAGCAUGUUUAUGAAAAGUGACCACGGAAUUCAAUGGAGCAAUGGCUUUGUCUAUGAUGGCCAACUGCUUCGGCUUGCUGUGGAUCUGGCCCAGCGAUUACUCCCCGCAUUCUAUACGGAGACUGGUCUUCCCUACCCUCGGGUCAACCUGCGCCACGGGAUUCCAUUCUACGAGAAUGCGCCUUUAAAUCUCAAGGUCCGAGAUUCCGAGGGCAAACGCAAAUCAAAAACGGCGGCAUCUGAGCCGGCUGAGACUUGUAGCGCCGGUGCAGGCAGUCUAGUCCUUGAACUGACCGUUUUGAGCCGACUCACCGGUGAUGGGCGAUAUGAGGACUUAGGCAAGAGGGCAUUUUGGGCAGUCUGGAACCGCCGGAGUGACAUCGGACUGCUUGGAUUUGGCAUUGAUGUCGAGUCGGGGAAAUGGGUGGGACCAUGGGCCGGAAUCGGCGCCGGCAUUGACAGCUUCUACGAGUAUGCCGUCAAGACGUAUGUUCUCCUGUCCGAGGGCGAGCGUGUGCCUUUCGACUCCGACAGCCCUUGGGCAGCAUUAGACUCGUACUAUGCUCCUCUGACAGACUAUCAGCAUACCGCCGAUGCCUUCCGACAAGUUUGGGAAGAAUCGCAUACCGCGAUCAAUCGCCACCUAUUCCGAGGCGAAGGUUAUCAACAUCCCCAUCUUAUUGUAGGGGAUGUGGUCACUGGUGCCACGCGGGCUUUCUGGAUCGAUAGCUUGAGCGCUUUCUAUCCAGGGGUUCUUGCCUUGGAUGGAAAGCUAGAUGAAGCUAUCCAGAUUCAUCUUCUGACUACCGCAAUCUGGACACGCUACUCGGGCAUUCCUGAACGAUGGAACGUGGCUACUGGUGACAUCGAUAACGGUAUGCCGUGGUAUGGAGGUCGGCCCGAGUUCAUCGAGUCCAACUACUACAUUUAUCGUGCAACCCAAGAUCCGUGGUAUCUGCAUGUUGGAGAGAUGGUUCUCAGUGACCUCAAGCGGCGUUGCUGGACCAAGUGUGGUUGGGCUGGCAUUCGGAAUGUUCUGACUGGUGAGCUCAUUGACCGGAUGGAGAGUUUCUUCAUUGGGGAGACAGCCAAAUACCUAUAUCUGCUGUUUGACCGGGACCAUCCAUUGAACAAGAUCGAUGCCCCCUGGGUUUUUAACACCGAAGGCCACCCUCUUAUCAUCCCAAGAAAACCGGCAUCCGCGGCUCGCCAGCAGCGAACCCCAUCUCAAGGCCAGGACAUGGCCGGCGGAGUAUGUCAAAUUAUACCCUCUCCAUUCUUCGGCGUGUCUUCCACUGCAUCCCGAACAGACAUCUUUCAUGCUGCCAACUUGGCACGCCUGGAUCUAAUGCCUGAUCGAGGAGUGGCCGCAGGUCCUAUUUUGGAAGACUCGCCUGGACAUCAAAGUGUCUUUGUGUCUGAUCUUUCCUCGCCAACCAAUUACACAUUCUACCCGUGGACCCUGCCACCUCAGCUGGUCCCAUUCAACGGCACCAGCGCGCCUAUGGCCGUUCGGCCCACGCUCGACAUUUCAUUCCCGUCACUUCCAGGCGGCGUAAACAUGGGACCUGGAGCGUUGGAACGUGUCCGAGAUGGGGUACUUGUAAAAACAAUUGGAGGCCUCCGACUAAGUCUGGUUCAGGACGUACGGUUGGAACCCCCGACGGCCACGACUGGGGAUGAGGAAGAUGGGUACCGGGUGCAGGUGAUCAACAAUGUGCCAUUAGGCAAAGAUGAGAAGAGCCCUCUCGCCGACGUAAUGAUUCGGCUCAUCCACGAGAUGAAAAUUCUCAACCAGAAAAUCCACACCCGCCAGAACCCCGUCUCGGAGGCCACAGCCUCGCCUCUUCUGUCGACGAUGCCGCAAUUGUUGACUCCCCGGACUCAACAGACCGAACCUGCUCCACUCAGGUUGAGUCUCCCCGCUGCUAUCUCUACAGGCAUCGGGUCCAGCCCGCUUCCCGAUAUUGAAGAUGCAGUUACCAUGUCCUUGCUCGGCGGCCCAUCUACAGACCGCCUGUCGUGGUCAAGUAUAUACUUCGCGGGCGAGCUCUGCGACGAGCGAAUUCUCCGUGAUGUCGCCCAUAACCACGAAGUGCUCGUUAUCAAACGUGGCGGCUGCACCUUCUCAGAAAAGCUCCGCAAUAUCCCCGCAUACCGACCAACGCGAUCCGCGUUGAAGCUAAUUGUCGUCGUCUCAUACGACGACAUUCCACCACGCAGCUUCCGCGAGCAGAAGAAAGAGCCAACGAAUCAAUCCGGGUCUCGCUCUGCCCUCGCCGCUGUCCGUGCCGAAUCGACUCUCGUCCGUCCACACCUCGACGAAGCGCAAAUGACAGCCAGUGGCAUUCCACGAAAUUACCUCAUCAGCAUGGUCAUGGUCGGCGGCGGAGAUGAAACAUACGAGCUCCUGCGCCAUGCAAGCGGCAUCGGAGUCAAGAGGCGAUAUAGCAUGCGCUCUCGCGGCGUCCCGAUCACGAAUUUACACAUUGUUUGA